CCGGCUUCGUUCCCGACGAUCUCCCGCUGAGUGACGCCGCGAUGUGGUUCUACCAAGAGUGGGGCGAUCGAAAUUACCCUCUUUCUAUUCAACAUGAAUCCUUCCGGCUCCAGCUUCGUUCCCGACGAUCUCCCGCUGAGUGACGCCGCGAUGUGGUUCUACCAAGAGUGGGGCGAUCGACCGCCGAUAUACGAGACGCAACAAUCGGGGUACGUCGACCGAGAUUCGGUUCCGGAGACUCAACCGGAACCGUCCGGAUCGAAAAAAAGUNCGUUGACCGAGGCGGCACGGUCAAUCCAAAAGUGGACGCCGGAGGAGGAGUGCAUAUUGGCGUCGGCUUGGGUUGACGUCUCCGAGCAUCCUAUCAUUGGUACGGAGCAAACGAAGGAUGCGAUGUGGGAUCGUAUCGAGGAGAAGUUCUUCACGGCGAUGAAGAAGGACGGCUCCUACCGAACCUGGGACCAACUCACUUCCAAAUGGAGCCACAUCAACAAAAAAGUACGAAAGUUUAUGGGAGUAUACGAGGAAUACUCCCGGUCCCGGAGGAGCGGCAUGAACGACGCCGAUGUUCUCCGGCUUGCCACGACCCGAUCCACUGUCGACGCCGAGGUUGAGAUCGACGAGACUAUCGGUUCUAACGAUCAAAUCCCUCCCUUCAACGUUGCGGAUUCCGAUGACGAGGACCCCAUUCCACGGCCGAUUGGAAGAAAGAAGGCAAAAUCCAUUGCCUCUGGUUCGGGAGGGUCCGCCUCUGUUUCCGCUUCUCCCCGCGACGAAAUCGGCCGGGCAAUGAUUGAACAACUUCGGGCGUUCAAUCUCCAAGAACAAGAGAGGUUGAAGCUAAAGGAGAAAGAGUUGAAGCUAAAGGAGCAGGAAGCCGAGAUGAAAGUCAUGCAAACCGACCCCGAGACGUUGUCGGAGUUUGGACGAAUGAUCUAUGAGCAAAGAAUGAGAGAGAUCAAGGAGAAAUAUAAUUUACCUUAGUUUUUUUUAUUAAUGUAUCUUUUUUUAAAUUAUUGACGCUUUUUUUAUUUAAUGAAUGUAUUUUUUUAUUAUUCGUGUUUCAAUUUAAUUAAAUAAUAAAUUAAUUACAUUUUAUUAAUUUAAUUUUAAAAGAUGUAUAUUUAAAAAUGUAAAAAAUGAAGGUUUGAAGCCCAG